AUGGUCCUGGCUUUCCAGUUAGUCUUCUUCACCUACAUCUGGAUCAUAUUGAUACCAAAUGUUUGUGCUGCUUCUAACAUCAAGAUGACACACCAGCGGUGCUCCUCUUCAAUGAAACAAACCUGCAAACAAGAAACUAGAAUGAAGAAAGAUGACAGGACCAAAGUGCGGCCUCAGAAAUAUGAGCAACUUCUCCAUAUAGAGGACGACGAUUUCGCAAUGAGACCUGGAUUUGGAGGGUCCCCAGUGCCAGUAGGUAUAGAUGUCCAUGUUGAAAGCAUUGACAGCAUUUCAGAGACUAACAUGGACUUUACAAUGACUUUUUAUCUCAGACAUUACUGGAAAGACGAGAGGCUCUCCUUUCCUAGCACAGCAAACAAAAGCAUGACAUUUGAUCACAGAUUGACCAGAAAGAUCUGGGUGCCUGAUAUCUUUUUUGUCCACUCUAAAAGAUCCUUCAUCCAUGAUACAACUAUGGAGAAUAUCAUGCUACGCGUACACCCUGAUGGAAACGUCCUCCUAAGUCUCAGGAUAACGGUUUCGGCCAUGUGCUUUAUGGAUUUCAGCAGGUUUCCUCUUGACACUCAAAAUUGUUCUCUUGAACUGGAAAGCUAUGCCUACAAUGAGGACGACCUAAUGCUAUACUGGAAACAUGGAAACAAGUCCUUAAAUGCUGAAGAGCAUAUGUCCCUUUCUCAGUUCUUCAUUGAAGACUUCAGUGCAUCCAGUGGAUUAGCGUUCUAUAGCAGCACAGGUUGGUACAAUAGGCUUUUCAUCAACUUUGUGCUAAGGAGGCAUGUUUUCUUCUUUGUGCUGCAAACCUAUUUCCCAGCCAUAUUGAUGGUGAUGCUUUCAUGGGUUUCAUUUUGGAUUGACCGAAGAGCUGUUCCUGCAAGAGUUUCCCUGGGAAUCACCACAGUGCUGACCAUGUCCACAAUCAUCACUGCUGUGAGCGCCUCCAUGCCCCAGGUGUCCUACCUCAAGGCUGUGGAUGUGUACCUGUGGGUCAGCUCCCUCUUUGUGUUCCUGUCAGUCAUUGAGUAUGCAGCUGUGAACUACCUCACCACAGUGGAAGAGCGGAAACAAUUCAAGAAGACAGGAAAGAUUUCUAGGAUGUACAAUAUUGAUGCAGUUCAAGCCAUGGCCUUCGAUGGUUGUUACCAUGACAGCGAGAUUGACAUGGACCAGACUUCCCUCUCUCUAAACUCAGAAGACUUCAUGAGAAGAAAAUCGAUAUGCAGCCCCAGCACCGAUUCAUCUCAGAUAAAGAGAAGAAAAUCCCUAGGAGGACAUGUUAGUAGAAUCAUUCUGGAAAACAACCAUGUCAUUGACACCUAUUCUAGGAUUUUAUUCCCCAUUGUGUAUAUUUUAUUUAAUUUGUUUUACUGGGGUGUAUAUGUAUGA